UCCCGCGUCAAUGACUCCCACCUCCAUGACCACUGCAAGUCCCGUAUGGCCAUAACCCUUCUCUCUGCUGGGUCAAACGCGCUGGGUCAGCUUGCUAAUGAAACCUCUGAGGAUUCCCACACCUUCGGAGUAUGCCUUUUCGCUGAUUCUGCCAAUCUUCACAAGGUCUUGCAAUUAGCAAGUGGGGGUAAUCAUACCCUUCUACUCGCGGAAGUUGUCGUCGGCACAGACAACGAAAUACGCACACAAUUAUAUGGCUGCGGUGAUGGAUCAGUCGGCCAACUGGGUGUCGGGAUUCCAGUCACAUCGGUAUUCCGACGGCUCGAUCUACAACUCCAAGAGAAUGGACUCGAAGGAUAUCAGCCGCGGUUGAUAAGUGCAUCCUGGCAAACGACGUACAUCGUUCUAUCGUUUGCUGAUCGGCCUGACCGUGUGGUUGCAAUGGGUAGCGACGAUUUUGGUGAUCUGGGUGUUGGUGGGGUGAAAAGGAAUACAAGGGCAUCGGGAUCAAUGCCAACUUCGCCUCCCUAUCAUACUGUUCGAUUCAAUCAUCUUCUCGUCAAUGGUGCUCAUCCUGACGACGAGAACUACCUUGCUGUUGAUUCAAUCGCUGCAGGCCAACAUCACGUCGUCGUACAUUUCCAUACACGGCUCACCGAUGGUUCAUACCACUAUCUCACUGCUGGUUGGGGAACUUGCAGACACGGAGAGCUCGGUGCUGUUGACUAUAUUUUGGACAAGUUGAAGAAGCCAAAACCAUUGGCAUUUGUUUCUACUCCGAAACUUGUAUUCGUCGAUCAAACAAUCACUUCUAUAGCCCUAGGAAGCCAACACAGCUUGUUUCUGCAUGGUUCCGGAAAUGUCCACGGCAUUGGAUCGAACAAACGGGGUCAACUCAAUGGUCUAGACGGAGUAGAGUGUGCUGAAAUUGGUUGUACAUGGAACGGGACGUAUGUCAUCGAUAAACAGGCUAGGAGCAUGCAUGCCACUGGAAGUCACUUUAAAGGGCAAUUAGGUCGUACUUCCAUCCUAAAUCUUGUCGUGCGCCUUGGUCCUGUCGAGUUUCCGUUUAACAAUGUGCCAUCUUCUUCACCUGACAGACAACUAGCAAGGAUGGCUUGCGGGAGCGAACAUGUUCUAGUAUCGUCCAACAACGAAGAACGCAACGAUACCGAGGUCUGGGGAUGGGGGUGGAACGAACAUGGAAAUUUGGGUGUAGGGACCACAGAAGACGUCCAGAUUCCGGUCAAGGUAUGGCCUCAAGGGGAGACAGAUCUGGCAGAUGCAAAGGAGGUCGUGGGCAUCUGGGCAGGUUGCGGGACCAGCUGGAUUGCUGUGAGAGCUGGAUGAAAUGCAUGAUGGACUCCUCGCAUUUAGAUGUCUAGCGGAAGAGUAAUCUGUGAUAAAUAAUGGAAUGUGGAAGCUACGGGACCCCCAAGUGGCUCCUACUUACACGAGAAGGACUGAUGUCGUGCCCACCUUUAGUACUUCUUCGCAGAACAUGACAUUCGCAAAUCACGUCCGACACGAGUGCUUACGAACGCAUCGCCUUUGUGAAGCGGAUUUGAUGGACAUCGUGACAGAAAUUGGAACUCGAUUCUUGCGUUCGAGCGUGUUUAUUGGACAUCGUUUUGGGAUCAUUGUUCUUCGACGUGAUUUCUUAUCUCAGGUCAGAUCUUUUGGCAAUGUACUCGACACAGGAGUCGGUGAGGCUGUGGUAGAUCUAUCUGUUUUAUGUGGCUCGCACCUACCAGAAGAACAAACAGAGGGGGAAAUCGUGGUUGCGUGGGCGACAGGCGGCGAAUACAUUUCAGACACUCGCGGCUUCAGGAAUACUGUAAGAACGACUCCGCGGCUUCGACUCUCCCGUAGGACCUCGCUCGAGUAUUGGAAUGUUCUGUGUUCGCGUGUUUGGAUUCGCCUGAGAUGCUCACUUUCCGCCUCAUAUCGUUCAGUGGCAGACAUUCGUACUAGUGGCAAGCGAAGAGACAUCCAGAAAUUCCUACAUGGCGAUGGCGUCGUUCAACCUCCUCGACUCCAACCAAACACAAAACAACAUCGAGUUCACCCGCACGGCUUUCUUCAUGAUCACCGGAGGCAAGUAUGCAACCCCUUUGCUCGAUUUCAGCGACUUCAAUAUUUUUAUCUCUUUUGACCCUAUCCUGGAAUGAUUCACUCUAACGAGGACCGGAACACAGUAUGCCCCUUCGGAUGAACCGACUUUAGACUCAUUUUCCUGUCGUGAAGAACGGUUUAGGCAUAUCCCUCACCUCUCUUUUAUGCUUUGCCAUGUAGAGUAGAUAUUACUAGGCUGCGACUACAGAGCAAUUACAGAGCGAAGGAACGACGAUUAAAGUACAAGCGCUUGCGUAUACAAGUAAACCAAUAUAUAUCCGUCGCAGAAGAGUGUUAGUGCAUAGGGAA